AUGUCACUAUCAGAAGACCUAGUCGCAUUCAAGUCCGAAUACGGCCCUCCAUUCACCAACUCCAUCGACACCUCGUCCGACUCUCAAUCAUCGGUGCUAAUCGUCACACUCGAAGAUCAAACAUUGGCUGUAACAUUGUCAGCUUCUGGAUGGACCGUCGACCGAAGUUCUGAUCAAAAACUAAGAGGAAGAACUUUUGAGACGCCAGAAGCGUUACUGAUGAGGGCGAGUCAAGGAUUUGCAAGAAUAUGGAAUGAACGGUUAUGGGAUAAGCUAGAGGAAGCGCGGGUCAGUGUUAGGAGAUCGUUUGAUGGGGAGGAGGAGGUGGAUGGGGCAUGA